AUGGUGACGAUGCGGAUGGAGUCUUCAAAAGAUGAGGAGGAGGAAGUUAGUAUAAGACUGGGCGCCAGGUUGGCGGCGCGGUACGCGCCAAAUCAGAUACUCACGUCGACACAGUCAUGGGGUUCACUCAUGGGUGUGGAACAGUUUAGGCGUCUGUUUCAGUGCUUUUCCAAGUACAGCAUUUCGGAUGACGGGGACCCCGCGUUAACAAAUGAGUGGACAAUUCACUUCGUGGUGGGAAUUAUCGACGCCAGGCUAAAUGUUGCAAACUGCAGUGGUGAUCCGGAUGAAGACGUAAACAUGGAUCUAACACUAACCAUGUCAUAUGAUAGUAACUGGAAGGAAUACAUUAAAGAGGUGGAGGAGUGGGUGAAUUCCCUGUCCAUCCGUCUUGAUGUGCAUGAUGCGCUGUGGGAUGCGUGUGAACUGAGUAAUAAGGAGCUUCUCAAACUACUUUUGAAUGACUCCAAGGAGUCCCGCAGUGGCUCCCUUCAUAGUCAGGAUGAAGAGGAUGAACACUCUUCGGAAGGAAGUGAGAGUGCCACCAUCAUGAGGGUGCGUCGUAAAGGGCGGCAUACUCAGAUGGUGGAGCAGGCGUCUGCUGGUUUGAUUGAACUGUUGCAGAAGAAAACACGAACGCACAGCUUGGUACGGUGGAGCGAUAUUACGAAUAACUUUGUGCGGGACUACGAACACUCCCACGACUUCGGUGAUGAAACAAUUUCUUACACGCAAAUCUGCGACAAAGUGAGUUCUGGGCGGUACUCGAAAGACUCGAGGAAGGAUAACGAGGGGUGGCCUGACUGGGCGAGGGCGAGGAAGGAUAAGAAGCGUGACGGGAAAGCUCUAUGGAAAUAUGAAAUUCACCUUCAGUCCCCAGAUCAUGUGCUGGUGGCACCGCUUAGUGCAUUUAUUAUUACGAGUAGUAAAGAUGGUUUUGUUAAAGUGUGGAGUGCUGCCACGGGGGCGUUCGUGCGCAACUUGUUUAACACUGGCUCGUCGUGGGUAAUUGGUAUGUACCUACUAAUGGAUGAAGACUACAUUCUCAUUUCGACCACAAACAAUCAGCUGACUCUUUUGGAUUUUUCGAGUGGUGACAUCAUUCAGAAAUAUGUAGGUUGCGAGUCCCUUCUAACUGCUUGCAACGAAGUGAAUCAGCCCUCCGCUCAAGAUGUUCAGCGUUACGGAAUGCGGCCAGGAGAGUGUGGGUUGUAUCGUAUUAGAUUACGUGAAAAUGAGCAAUCAAUAAUGUUUCAUCGUCGACGCCGUGAUGCGCAGAAGGACGUACUUCCUAAAAAGGUUCUUGCCAAACCUGUUGUUGGUUUCUUGAAUCCCACAGCAACUUGGUUCGAGCCACACUUAGGCAUGUUUUGCUUCGGGACGGCGGAAGGAAAGGUGGGUGCCUUUGAUGUGAGUGCUGAUGUUCGUGCAAGUGCACUGCUCUCGGGAGCGAACACCAAACCUGUGCGACUGGAGUUUCUUGUUACUAUGCACAAGGAGAUGGUGUCAGGACUGUUCUAUUCAUCUUAUGCGACCUCUAUCUUCACCGCUGGCGCUGAUGGCUUCGUCUACCGCCUUCCUGUUGGACCAUCUUUUGAACCUGCGGGAGAGCCCCGUAGAAUUGGUCACCAGAUGCGAGCCAUUAGGUCUAUGGAGUGGAUACCGCCUUCAAAGUACUUCAUCACUGUACAUGUCAACCGGCGGGUCUCGGUGUGGGUGAUUGGCCGCCACGGUGAUCCGUUUCGUAGUUUCCCCCCUGAAUCGCAGGAAAUUCUUAGUGCCUCUAUGCACCCACAUAGGGGCCGCCUGGCGGUAUUGUUGGCGGAUAAGACCAUCAAAGUGUACGAGGUACACGCCAGUAAGUCUAUCGCGACUAUACAGCAACCGGAGCCCCAAUCCAAUUUCACUGCCUCUGAUUUUUCAAGGCAAAUGAUGGAACGCAGUGAGCGGGAUUCCGAUGGCGUUGUUGCGUGGCAUCCGUUCCACUCUACUCUUAUUUGUGCUUUACGUGGUCCCGUCCUAUAUGCCGCUUCAAAGAGUAAGGAUUCAAGUUCCUCUGCAAGUCGCACUCGCCGCCAGCGUUGUGAGGGGGCCACCGCGCAGUCCACGGGUGCAGAGUUCGGAAAUAUGGUUGAGGAAGACGAUGGGGAAGUCGCUGAGCACCGGGGUGCUGCCGUGAGGGAUAGCCGCCAGCCGUGCUCACACAGCGGUGGUGUUGUGGCUGCCGUCAUACAUAAAGCAUCCUUGAUGGUACAUACGUUUGAUGAAGGAACUUGGCGCGCUUGGAAGCUCACCACGGGGGAGAUGAAGCGUCAUGUGGUUGUCUCCCAUGCCGUACGCAUGGGCGAUAUCUCAAGGAGCCAUGCCACUGUUGCGUCCUGUUCUUGGUCGACAAGCUCGCAGGUGAGGCUUGUUACCGGGGGCCAAGACUGCUCUCUGAUAACAUGGGAUCCAGAGACGUACGCGCCGCUUGAAUCAGAGAUGCUGGUACAAGAUGCUUCCGACCAACUUGACUCCGAUGUAUUUACAUUUUCACACCAAAGUAAGCUGAUAGCUUGGGCGGCACGUACGUGCCGCGUAACUACGUAUAGUCGAAAGGUUCUUCCGAGUGGGGUGGAGGAAUCCAAAUCAGUGGUAUUUCGGGUUCCUGGUCUUACUUCUAUAACGGCGUGCUGUGUGGCACGUGAUACGUAUCUCUGCAUAGGUACUGGGGAUGGAACACUGUAUGUAUACAGUAUUGGAGGCGGACAUCCGAUAGCUGAGUGUCGGCUUGGGGAGCAAAGUGAAGCAAGAAGAAGUGCCGUACUGCAACUUGCCUAUGUAAACGAGCAGGGGCAGAAUCUGAUUGUGGCCGUCCUUGACACCGGUGUGCUCUGCAUCUACUCAUUUGUUACUCAGACGGUAAUAAGCCAUCUGCGUUUGAUUCGCCGAUUCGAUUGCCUUAUUCGCAAAGCGCUUUUCAUUUCCGACGAUGGCUUAAUGAUAUACGGUGAUUCAAGAGGCCGGGUAUGUGGUUUCGACCUGCAUGCAGUCACAACGCCGGUGGCAGAGCUGCAGCAGUUCGUUGUGCGUCGUUUUGCUUUCUCGGGCGCUUCCGAUGAGGUCACAACCCUCGAGGUGUUUUCCUUUCAGGGGCACCGUUUUAUUAUCGUCGGCUCCCUUGACCGUCAGGUGCGCCUCUUUCGUAUUGAGGAUGCCCUGAGGAAACCUUCCCUCUCCAACAGCGGCUUGCAGCCAGCUGGGUGGUCUUUUAACAAAGUUUUGCUUGUGGGGGUAUUUGGUCGGGACAGGUGGGACCUCGAAGACGUAACUACAUACGCGGGUGAACCGUCGUUCGUUGAGGGGAAACAAAACUGCAACACCAUGGAGGAGGUGUUGGUAGAGAGCAUUAUGAAGCCAGAAAACAGUUUCCAGAGCAUAAUGAACGUGGGCGCUGCCGCUGCGGAGGACGGCGCUUCCGUCCCCUUGUCGCGGGGAAAGCGUGUGAGUGUGGUGGCCACCACAAUCAUGCCGCCAGGAACGCCAUCUGUCCCUUCCUUCUUCUUGACAGAGGCUACUGCCGUUCAAGGGGAUGUGGCCUGCCCCACUACUCCUUCCUCCUCAAUACAGGACAGUAUGGAACAGUUGGCAGGACAACCUACUUGUCCGCAGACUGUACCAGUGAUCUCUGAGGGGGCCAGCUGCUCUGGUGCCCCACUGGGUAGUGAACAGACUGCGCUUCCCCAAGGGCAGACUCGCCGGUCCCACUCUCAUCCGCGAUCUCGUGCAGCCUCCAGUACAACGAGCAGUGCGGGUGACGAAUCGCCUACCAACGCGGGAAACCACUCUUUGGGGUGCUCUAGUGCCUUAGAGUUGCGUGGAAGUUUGUCAGGGAAGGGCAGCGCAAGGUCCCAUUUUUCCAGUGAAGUGCAUGACGCCAGCCGGGCAAAAGCUGUGUUGGUUUCCUUAACUUCGCGGUUGGAUAAAGUGCGGCCAUAUGGGUAUGCCAGGGGUGCGUUCCGGCGGAAACUACAGGGAUUACUUCCUGGAGAUGGAGACCUCUCAAUGGAACUUGAUCAACAGGCUUUGGGGCCAUCGACCUCGAGUACCCUGCGACUGGCCCUUGAAACAAGGCGCCGCUUGUCGGAGCGGAUGGACGAAUACAAGCGGCGGCAAGAGGAAAUGAAGAAGAGGAGAAAGUUUGACUACUCGUCGUGCUUCGCGCGCUCUGUGCUACCUCCAGUUGUCAUACCUAAACCAAGCAUGAUAUCUCCUGAUCUGAUGCCCACAAGCGACUGGAUGGUGGAUGGCAUGAGAAAACAAACACAGCUGCAACCUUCUGUUACGGCAUCCACAGUGGGGAGGACUGUUUAA